UUUUUCGUUUUCUCGUCUUGAUCUCUCCCCAUAACAAACAUCUCUCAGUCUCGAAACUAUGACAGCAAAAAUAGGUUUUCUACUAAUUUUAGCUGUUAUUUCUACAGUUUCUGCUCUCCGAUGCUUUGAAGGAACCGUCGCAUUGGAUAGCAAUGAUCAGACUUCAAAAAAGGAGUGCGGAGGAAUGUCGAAUUAUUGUAUUCAACGUAUCGAUAAGAAAACUAAAGAAAUGAGACGUGAAUGCAGUUCGUGGAGCGAUGAGCACAGUAUGGAGGAGAAAUGUCCGAUGACCGGAUGCCAUUUCCAAACCAAAGAUUCCACUUUUUGUUGCUGCCAGUUUGAUGAGUGUAACGAGUGGAAGGGAGACGGAACCGAGUUCAAAGCCGGAGAAACUAGCUCAAAAUCGAAAGCUGUUCCAAGUGCUCCAAAACUCGGUGACGUCAUCAUGCCAACUGCAGCAACCCGUAAGAAUAAAAGUGAAGACAUCGUUCAAAUUCCAACUACUGUCGCUCCAACCAGGAAGAGCAGUUUUGUCGAGCUUCCUUGAUUUCUUAAUAAAAAAUUUAUUAUUUUUCUAAUGGUUUAAAAUUUUCCCUAACUGAUUAGUUCAUUUUGCAUGAAAUAAAUGUUCAAAAUAAAAAAAAA